UUUUACAUUAGGUUCAUAAUUCUUACACCUGGGCGAGUUUAGGGUUUAGGCAGCAAUGCUGGAUGAAUGGACGUCGUCUUCGCCCGCUCAAUCGGGGCUCAACGAGGAUUUCCAGGCGAUUUCACUGUCGAGGCCAGAGAGCAAGAUCUUCAGCUUGGAUGUGCUGGAGCAAAACGCCGCCAAAGGUCACGGGCUUGUCACCUCAGUAGCCGCUGGAAACAAUGUCCUGCUCGUCGGUACUAGCAGCGGCUGGAUUGUUCGUCACGAUUUUGGAGGCGGGGAUAACUUAGAGUUGGAGUUGAGCCGCGGAGCCGAUCAAUACGUUUGUAAGGUUUUCCUGGAUCCCAGUGGAAGGCACUGUCUAGCAAAUCUCCGGAGCAGCAGUGUUGCCGAGACCUUUUACAUCCACGCGAAAUGGAAGAAAGUUCGCGCUGUUUCUCGGCUCAAAGGCGUGCUCGUCAAUGCUGUUUGCUGGAACAAGUCCCAGCUAAGCGACUAUUCAUCGGGAGAGAUUGUGCUUGCAACCGCAAGUGGACAGAUCUAUGAAAUGCUCGUAGAGGAGAAGGACAAGAAGGAGAAAUACGUGAAAGUUUUGUUUGAACUUACGGAGCUCAAGGAGGCGUUUACGGGCUUGCAGAUCGAGAAUAUAAGCAGCAGCACUACUACGCGGUACUUCAUCAUGGCUGUGACUCCGACAAAGCUUUACGUCUUCGUUGGUACGGGCUCGCUAGAGAGCCUGUUUUCUUCGUAUGCAGGCCGUGUUGUCAAGUUCACAGAACUUCCCGGCGAGUUUCAAAAGAGUGAGAUACACUUUUAUGGAAAACGCUACGCGGAGUCGUUCGCAUGGCUGGCUGGACCAGGUAUAUAUCACGGUGAGCUUCAUAUCACCACCCAAGUAAGCGAGGACAGUAUCGUGGGAAGCAAAUGGCUUCUGGAGUACUCCAAGAUCAAUGAGGAUGGCAGUAGCACACGACCUGAGGCGCUUUCAUUGACACAGCACCAUUUUCUCCUUCUUUAUGGAGGGAAACUGAAGGUAGUGAAUCGGACCAGUCAGAAGCUUGUAGAAGAGGAUUCUGUGUUCGAUAUGACCGCGCCAAACAUGCUCGGACUCUGUGCAGACUAUGCUGCUGGGGCGUAUUACGCUUACAGUAACACAUCUAUUUUCGAGAUAACUGUACACGAUGAGGACCGUGAUAUGUGGCGAGUCUACCUUGGUAUGAAGGAGUAUGCUGCCGCACUUGAGCAUUGCCGGAACAUCUUUCAGAAAGAUGAAGUUUACAGGGCACAGGCAGAUGGUGCUUUUGAGGCGAAGAAGUACAUGAUUGCAGCUUCCUUCUACGCAAAGAUUACUGGUGUCAUAACGUUCGAAGAAAUUGCGUUGAAGUUUUUGAAAAUAAACGAACAGGAUGCUUUGCGCACUUAUCUCCUCCGGAAAUUAGACAGCCUCGGAAGAGAUGAACGAUCACAAAUUACAAUGGUGGCGACAUGGGUUGUGGAAUUGUAUCUGGAUAAGAUGAAUCAGCUAUUGCUACACAACGACGAAACGCAGUCGCAGUAUGCUGGAGUUGUAGAGGAGUUCAAGGCUUUUUUGAGUGAUUCUAAGGAUACCCUGGACGAGGCUACCACAUUGAAGCUUCUUACAAGCUAUGGAAGAAAUGAAGAACUUGUAUUCUUCGCAAGUCUCAAAAAUCGUUACGAGACUGUUGUGAACCAUCACAUUCAGCAACGAAACGCCAAGAAGGCACUGGCCGUGCUGAGAAGAGAGAACGUACCUCUUGAACUUCAGUAUAAAUUUGCACCAGCGUUGAUAAUGCUCGACGCUAAUGAGACCGUUGAGUUUUGGAUGUCGUGCGAAGGGCUCAAUCCUCAAAACUUGAUUCCUGCUUUGAUGCGAUAUUCUAGUAUUUCCCGGCCAAGGGAAGAGGCUCACCAGGCAAUCAAGUACUUGGAGUUUUGUGUGCAGCGACUGAAAAACGAAGACACAACCAUACACAAUCUUCUAGUAUCACUUCUUGUGAAACAGGGAGACGAAAAAGAGCUUCUCAAAUUCUUGCAAGUGAAAUAUGGUAGAGAACAGCCUGGGAAACCAGAUGUUUUUUACGACCCGAACUACGCGUUGCGAGUGUGUCUGGACGAAAAGCAAACGGAGGCCUGUGUCUUUCUUUACAGUAUGAUGGGAUUGCACGAAGAGGCAGUUUCUCUUUCUUUGAAGGUUGAUGUGGACCUGGCAAAGAUGGAGGCCGAUAAAGUUGAAGGGGACGAAGAGCUUCGAAAGAAACUAUGGCUCUGCAUUGCAAAGCACGUGAUAAAGGAGGAGAAAGGAACCAAGAGAGAAAACAUCAAGAAGGCCGUGGCAUUCGUGAAUGAAACGCAAGGCCUGCUCAAAAUCGAAGACAUCCUUCCAUUCUUUCCAGAAUUCACCCUCAUCAACGAUUUUCAGGAAGCAAUAUACGCGUCUCUGCAAGAGUACAACGCUCGCAUUGAAGAACUGAAACUAGAAAUGAACGACGACACUCUCAAUGCCGAGAAACUGAGAAAAGACAUCAAUGAUCUUUCCCAACGAUCCGCAGUUACAACGCCAGACGAAGAAUGCGCUGAUUGCCGGAGAAAGAUACUCGCUUAUGACCCCCUCCAUGGUCCGGCAAGUCUCUUCUACGUGUUCCCUUGCGAGCAUUGUUUCCACACGGAAUGCUUGAUCAACUACAUGUUGAAAACUGGCGAGAAGGCUGAGAGAGAUCGGAUACUGGAGCUGAAGAAACGAAUGUCAGUGCUUGCAGUGGAAAAGCCUCCACACUCGAAAAAAGACUAUCUUGCGGAGGAGGAGGAGUCGGGAAUCCAUCCCUUGGACCAGGCUAAUGCAGAGAUUGCCGAGAUCGUGGCUAACGAAUGCCCCCACUGUGGCGAGAGAAGUGUUCGUGAUUUGUGGAAGCCUUUCGUGCCCCCUCGUGAAGCCGAAUAUGCCGCGUCAUGGGAGAUCGUAAAAGUCUAAAACAUUCGUUGAUGGCAAGUGAUCUACGAAGUUGGCGCCACAAUAAACUUCAAACAAAGUCACAGUGAGAUCAUCCCCUUGGUGGCGGAGGUGAUGGCGAUCGGGCUGCGAACAGUGUGCGAGCUCGCGAUCCAGGUGAUUGAUCCAAAAGACCACAUCGAUACGGGCAGCGAGUUCUUCGCGGUCGCAGUGAUCGUGUAGGAGAGCUUCUGGCCGGUGGAGCUAAACUCGAGACUGGAGGGCUCGACCACGAUGCUGAUCGAGGAGGGCGCCGUGAUCUCCGCAGUGUAGACACUCUUUGGAGCUCCAACGUUGGUGACGAUUCGCUCAGUCGAUUGAGGAGAGGUGGUGGUCAGUCCCAUGAAUCCGAUGGAAGGAUAGUUGAGGAAAGGUGUGGUGGCGUUGCUCUUUGGCGGCUUGCAACUUGUGUUUGGAUCGCCUGAUAUGAGUCUCACUUGUGUUGUGUUGUAUCCACUCUCGCAGAGAUAUGAGAUGUAGUCUUGUGGAGUUAUGUCGUAAA